AUGGCCAGGGAGACACUUGUUUGUCUCUACCAGACAGUGUGGAAGAGGGAAGGAGACCUGCAGAGGGAAUCAGUUACAUCAAUGCGGCUGAACCAGAACAGAACAAGCAAGCACCAGUGUGGGUUCUCUGAAGACAGGCAAUAUGAGGUGCAAUAUAAUGCAGAGGCGCAGAGGCUGCUGGCGCACAGGCGACCGCAGAAGGCCUUCUUUGAGGCGUUCAUCAGGAGCCUCAUCAUCCUGUGCGUGGCCAUAGCGGUGGUCUUGUCGUCCAUCUCCGUCUGCGACGGCCGCUGGCUUUUCGCGAGAGGGGAGCUCUUCGGACUCUGGCACUUCUGCACCGUCAGCAACAGCAGCGUCCUGAAAUGCGUCACCGAUCUGAGCCUGGCCAACGUGGAAGGGAUGAACGUGGGGAUGAUCCUCAUCAGGAGCAUGGUGGCUUUUGCCGUCGUGGUAGCCAUAUUCGGCCUGGAGCUCCUGAUGGUCUCCCAAGUCUGCGAAGAUGCCAACUCGAGGCGAAAGUGGUCGCUGGGCUCAGUUCUCAUCCUCGUCUCUUUUUUGCUGUCAUCCGCUGGAGUCCUGAGCUUCUCAAUCCUCCUGAGGGAUCACAUCACCUUCAUGGGCUUCUCGCUGACGUACUGGUGCGAGUUCAUUGCCGCCUUCCUCUUCUUCCUUAACGGGAUCAGUGGACUCCACAUCAACAGCCUCACGUACCCGAGGAGCAGCGUAGGGAAAAUCUAGGUGCCGAAAGCGCUCUCUGCCUUUGCGUAAUCAGCUUUGCCAAUUAGACUGGAAGAAGGAGGAGUCUAAUGAAGUUUGAAAAGGACGCUGCGUCUUGCAUUGUGUGUAGAGAGGGGAAGCGUGGGUCAGUCGGACGGUUUGGUUUUGGAAGACAGACCCACCGAUCAGCGUGGAGGGCCGCACAGUAUGGGCAAAGCGGGAACUAGGACUGCUUGUUACUGAAAUGCAGCUUUCUGGGGCAAUGGAUUCAGAGGGUUUCCUGUUAAAAAAUAGCAAACUGCAGCCUACACAAGCGUGCUCGGUCGUGAGGCUUAUACACAGCCUGUACUGUUCCGGGUUUGGUAGUGUGGAGCUUUCCCCCAUCCUCUGGAGCCCGUGAAGCCCGCGUGACACAACAUCAGUGUCUCAUGCACUUGUUUGGUAUCAGGGACAGGUUAUCUGUGCUUCCCCCUGCGCUCCUCAGCUGUUGUAGGGCGUUGCUCUUCCUGGGUUUUUUGCCCUCCUUUUUGGGAAGGAGGGACGAGCUCUGCGUGGGCUUGGGGUGGGAGCUGUGGCUGGCCAGACCGGGCGGUCGCCUCGGCUUGUCAGCGCGCCGCACCUUCUGCUGUGCGGCUGGGCCACGAAGCUUCUCACCAGGGCGAUGGCAAACAGGCUCAUCCUGCGGCUGUGACCAGCCCGUCACAGCCUUCUCCCGUAGCGUCGCCCCUGGGAUGAGCGAGCUGCAGAUCUUCCUGGUCGCACCAAGUCCCUUUUCGUCCCCUGACUAACAACGGGACUGGGUGAGGAGGGAGAAGGGGGAGCUGGCCGAGCAGCUCUAGCAGCGAGGAUCUGCCCCAUGCUAAGAUCUCGACAGCUGUUGCAGUUUUUAAAUUCCUCAUUUGUGUUUGAGGUAAAACAAGAGGCAACUGCAGAGGUUGGCUGCUCCGAAUAUGUCCUCCUUGUCCGGUCCAGGGUACAGCACCCCCUGCACAGCAGAUAAAAAUAUCUCCGGAGUACCCCAGGGCCUCUGAUUUGAUGCCUGUUUUGUAUCUGCUGGUGAGAUUUCUUGUAGUCAGUUUUAAGGCAAAUGUUCAUACGUGCCUCAUCUCUGUUCUUGAUAGUUGUUAGCAAGGUAUUUGUUUUUGUGCAGCAAGUUUGACGCAAUUUUUUUUUUUUACCUGACACGAAAGCAGCAUAGCAUGAAGGCCGAGAGGGCUGUGCAGGUGAGCCGCAAGUCAACGGCUCUGCUGGAGGAGCCGGGUGACAGCUGAGAAGCGCAAGUCCUGCCCGAGCCUACGCGUGCACUUGCCAAAUGCUCUCCUGUGGACUCGCUCCCGUCCUGAGGACAGGCUCCUUCCUCCAAUGUCAUAGCGUUUAUUUACAAGAAUGUCUCUAAGCAUCUUCUGAGAUCGCGUUUCAGGCCAGGUCUAGACAUGAGCCUUGCUCUGGUCGGUGCUGCUGGUGCUUUUGUGCACAAGUCGGCGUGUCUUCCCGAGAAGACAGUGCACUGAGCUGUGUUACCCAGCCUAACUCCCAAAUCUGUUGCAAUGUCUGGGGCUCUGUCAGAGCUUCCUGGCCCUCUCUCAAGGAUGACGAAUUCUGGGACUGUACCCUUAACCUGCCUCUGGAAAAUUGCACUGUGAUCAUACCUCUUUCUGAAGGUGCUUUUGGUUUGCACUGUGUAAAGCAUGCCAGUGGGCUGACCUUGCAGACACCGGUAUGAAUAGUGCUGUUGGUUUUAGCAGAACCGCCUGCCCCAGCGCGAGUCUGCAAGGUGCAGUCCCAAAUUGUUGCACUUUGGCGUUAGCAGUUGGCAGAGUGCCUUAAACGACCCGUGACCCCGUUCUGGUUCCCCUGCCUAGGGAUGCCCACACUGCACCCUGACACGAGACAAGGGUCUGGGUGUUCUUGGCUUGUCUAGAAACCUGGAACGUGAUUCCAUUGCGUGCCGCCUUGGUGGCGUCCAAAAUCCUGUGUGCGCUCCUUUUAGUCCCCAUGGGGUACGGUGCCUUUAGCCUGCAGACCCUGGCCUUGGGGAAGGUAGGGAGAAACCAGACCAUGUGCCUGUCUGGUGCCUCCUGCCCUCCUCUGGGGGGAUGCCCUCUACUAGCUGAAGAGGCCUUUUGUUGAGGUAGGGAAUGAAUCCUCUAGCAAAAAUACUGCUUAAAAAAAAUUUUUUUUUCAACUAGCUUUGUAUAAUACUGUUUGACUUACUAAUUCUGAGUGAAGAGGCAUUUUGGUGGCUAAGUACUACAAAAGAGGAUUGAUUGUCUUGGAGACAUGCUUACCUACACAAGCUAUGUAGGAGCAAAUGGUAGUUGUUCACUUUCUGAAGCCUGCUGAAAUGUCAAGCAAGAUUUCCUGAAGUUUGUUAAAUAAA